GUAUUUAUUUGGGCACGGGCCUUUCCACAGGGCUGUAGAUAUUGUCGAUGACUGCCGAUGGUGUCUCGAGGACCUUGUGUUUUCAGCUCGGGAGAUUCAGGAGAUCCUCCUGUUCACGACUCAUGCAGACCUACUCAACUUUCUGGUGCACGGAGAUGGCACUUGCACCCUCUUGAUCCCUCUUGCACGUCACUUUUGACCAUACCAAGUUGAACGGCAUGGAUGUAUGCCGGAUUCUCAAGAAACAUUCGAAAGACAUCAUGGACAUCUUCUUUUCCGAAGCCUCGCGCGGCUACUGGCAAGACCAGGAGAGCCAUGCAUGCUUCGCAUUUCCCACUACUGGAACCGAGAUUUUGAUGAGUGGAAUGAGAUGAUUGCAUUGAAGAAGUCAAGAGACCUGGUGAUCUGCUGGCGCUGCCACCUCGAGAAACAGGAGCUUUGGGCAAGCCACUUGCCUCACUUGUGUUCUGCUUUCCUCCCACUCUAUGGCAGCGGCAUGAACACCUACCCACUGGAGACAGCAGAGGAAACAAGCAUUAGCGCUGUUGCAUUCUCGCUGAGUGCUGAUCAAAGUGAUUGCUUCACGAUUUAUCCAGCUGCACCAUGCUGCACCAGCAGGUGUCAGUGACUCGAGAACAGUGCCAUCCAACUGGAGCCAUCGCAACCGUCCGAGCUCCUGAACUCCGCGCAGACAUUCGUCCAGAUUCCGUCCGAGCAGCACAGCCAGAGCAGCUAGACUUUAGUGAUCUUUAGUGAUCUUUAGUGACUGUAGUCACUUAGUCUAGACUGACUCUGGAUGGAUCUGGAUGGCAUCCAGUGGUUCUUUGAAGAGCAUGGCUUUGUAUCCUUUGCAUAUUACAUAUUAUCGUAUAUUAUUAUAUUAUCGUCGAAUGCCUUUAAUCUCUUUGCACCACUUGUUUGGUUGACUGAGCCGCAGCGGAGGUGUUCUCAGCCAAAGACACAUUCAUGGCUGAGGCAUCUGAGCUUGUGUGCGGCGUUGCCUCUCCAUCCUCAAAGAAGUGAUUGGGCUGCACGGAAGGAAAAAGCGAGAGGUAGCCAGAGAACUUUGGAACGGCUAUUGGAUUCUUCAGGAGACUGCUG